AUGGCCAGCAAACGCCAAUACGACAUCAUCCUGCUGGGCGCGACGGGCUACACAGGCAAGCUGACCGCCGAAUACAUCACGUCUAGCCUUCCUACAAACAUCAAAUGGGCUGUUGCAGGACGCAACCAGUCCAAACUCCAGUCUCUGGUCAAUGACUUGAAGACAUUGAACUCGACCCGUGCAUCGCCCGACAUCAUCACUGUCGCCAAUCUCACCACCCCUGAGUUGACCGCCAUUGCCAAGAAGACGAGAGUCAUCCUCAACACCAUUGGUCCAUUUUACCUGUACUCAUCCCCCGUGGUCGAGGCUGCCGCACAAUCUGGAACCCAUUACCUGGACGUCACCGGUGAGACUCCCUGGGUCAAGGAGAUCAUUCUCAAGUAUGAAGCGACCGCAAAGAAGACAGGUGCGAUCAUGAUCCCCGAGAUUGGCGUCGAAUCCGCUCCAUCCGACCUCGUCGCUUACAUCGCCACCCGUCUCGUCCGCAAGGUCUGGGACUGCGGCGUUAUGGACGUUGUGGCCUCGGUGCACGAGAUGAAGUCCUCAGGACCCAGCGGCGGUACCCUUGCCACGGGACUCGGUCUACUCGACCACUACCCAACCCAGGAGAUCACCCAGGCAUUCAACGACCCCUUUAUCCUCUCCCCAAGCCACUUGAAGCCAUACACUAAGGACAAUAUCUACCCACGCAACCCAGAACCCAACACGUACAUGCGCACUGGACUCCAGAAAUUCACUGGCGUCUGGUCCUACCCACGCCUAGGUCACCUGACGACCUCACUGGCAGCCAAACCCAACCAAGCCAUCGUGCACCGCUCCGCCGGCCUCAACCCGUACUUCUACGGCUUCAACUUUAGCUACGAGGAAUACAUGGCGGUCUCGAGCCCGUUCAUCGGAAUGUUGAUCCACCUCGCCCUCUCGAUCCUGAGCCUCCUGAUCGCCUUCCCACCGACACGCGCGAUCCUGAAGCUCUUCAACACCGUCAAACCCGGCCAAGGCCCCAGCAAGGAAUCGACCAAGAACGACGUACUGGAGCUACGAGCCGUCGCCGUCGCCGAGCAGCUGGCCAAGCCUCCCCGCAAGGCCCUUGCCACCUUCCGCUACGAGGGCGGCUUCUACGAACUCACCGCGAAGCUGAUCAGUGAGGCUGCCGUUGUUCUGCUCACCAAGGAGGAAGAGGUCAAGGCCAAGCAUGGUGCCGGCUUCCUCACUCCUUCUUGUCUCGGCGAUAACUAUCUUGAGCGUCUCGACGCCGUCAACGUCAAGAUCGGUGUCCAGCAGAUCGGUGAUGUUGGAAGCAAGUAG